UGUAACACUCGUGUUGACUUUUAUACCAUAGCAUCACGAGUAUCUGGAGUUGGAAGCAGUGAGUGAUUGAACUCCAACGAUUGGCGUUGUCAGUGCCUGGUCAAACAGUAAAGCUUAUCGAAAUGAGCAACGGAAAGCAUCUAGCCAAAGGUUCAACCCCGCCAGUGUUGCCAAACGACAAGAAACUUCGCCUUUAUUCGAUGCGAUUCUGUCCAUACGCCCAACGCGUUCAUUUGAUCCUGGAUGCGAAGAAUGUACCCUAUCACACCAUCUAUAUCAAUCUAAGCGAGAAACCCGAAUGGUACUUUGAAAAGAAUCCUCUGGGCAAGGUACCGGCAUUGGAAGUACCUGGAAAAGAAAACGUUACCCUCUAUGAAUCGCUAGUCGUGGCCGAUUACAUAGAGGAAGCAUUCUCUGAAAAGCAACGGAAGCUCUAUCCAAAUGAUCCAUUCCAAAAGGCUCAAGAUCGAAUAUUGAUUGAACGCUUCAAUGGCGCAGUCAUUUCACCCUACUAUAGAAUUCUGUUCUCAACUGACGGAAUUCCUCCGGGUGCCAUCACGGAAUUUGGAACUGGAUUAGAUAUUUUCGAGACGGAACUGAAGACCCGUGGUACUCCGUAUUAUGGUGGUGAUAAACCAGGAAUGUUGGACUACAUGAUCUGGCCGUGGUGCGAGCGCGUGGAUUUACUCAAGUUUGCUCUCGGAGAUAAGUACGAACUAGAUAAGCAACGAUUCGGUAAACUGUUACAAUGGCGUGAACUGAUGGAGAAAGAUGAAGCGGUCAGGAAAUCAUUCAUAUCAACGGAAAAUCACACCAAAUUCUUGCAAAGCCGAAAAUCCGGCGAGAACAACUAUGACAUCCUAGCGAAUGACGCAAAAAGACUACGUGUAGCAUAGCUUGAUUCCUGGAAAAGACAAUGCUGCAGCAGAACCAGCCGGGGUGUUUUAGAACAUUUCAAGCC